AUGUGGCGUGGGGCCACCCUCGCUGUCGCCUGUGUCGCCCUAAUGACACACGCUGCGACUGCGGCGCUUAUGUCUAUUGACCUGGGCAGCGAGUACCUGAAAGUUUGCCUUGUGAAGCCAGGACGUACCCCUAUAUCAAUAGCCGUAAACGAAAUGAGCAAGCGCAAGUCGCCCGCGCUUGUGGGCGUCGUAAAUGGCGAGCGAUUGCUUGGAGAGGAAGCAUUCUCGUUCGCUGUUCGGUAUCCGGAGUCCAUUUUUCAACGAGCUCGCGACUUCCUUGGGAAGGACCCCGACGACCCGACGAUCGCUGCCAUGCUUACCGAGCAAGGUCUGCCCUACAAGGUGGUUCCGCAUCCUAAGCGCGGUGUAGCAAGCUUACAGCUUGCGGAUGACACAAUCUAUUCUCCAGAAGAACUGGUGGGUUCCAUCUUGUACUACGCCCGGCAGAUUGCUGAGGCUCAGGCAGGGGCCCCCGUGCUGGACGCCGUGAUAUCCGUGCCUGCCUUCUUUGGCCAGCGCCAGCGCCAGGCCAUGGCUGACGCGGCCCAUCUUGCCGGCCUCAACCUUAUGGGCCUAAUAAACACCCACACCUCCGCUGCACUACAGUACGGCAUUGAACGUGAUUUUGCCAAUCGCAGCCAGACUGUUAUUCUGUACGAUAUGGGCAGUGGUACGACGGAAGUCGCACUCGUCAAGUACAGCACGUACACUGUUAAGGAGGCCGGCAAGCCGCGCACUUACAACCAGCUGGAGGUGCGAGACGUGGAUUGGGACGCGUCGCUGGGCGCAAACCUGUUGGAUAUGGCGCUGGCGAAGCACUUUGCAGCCCAGUUUGCGGAGAAGAGCAAGCUGGAUGUGGAUGUCAUGGCGCUGCCUAAGGCCAUGGCCAAGAUGCGGCGGCAGGUUCGGCGAACUAAGGAGAUGCUAUCAGCCAACUCAGCGGCGCCAUGCACAGUGGAGGAGCUACACGAUGGACGGGAUUUUCAGAGCAGCAUCACCCGGGAGGAGUUUGAGUCCUUGGCUGCGGACUUCUUCUCCCGGGCCACUGCACCAUUGAAACGCAUUCUGGAGCGCAAUGGUCUGCAGCCCGAGGAUAUUGACGCGGUGGAGCUGCUGGGGGGAGGCUCUCGGGUGCCCCGGCUGCAGGCGGCCCUGUCGGAGGUGCUGGGAGGCCGCGGACUGGACAGGCACCUGGACGCGGAUGAGGCCAUCGCCCUGGGCGCCGGCCUCUUCGCUGCCAAUCUAUCUACCAGCUUCCGGCUUCGAAAAUUCGGCAUGGUAGACAUGACUAUGUACGGCAUCUCGCUGACGUUGGAUCAUGUGGUCCUGGCCGGUGGCGAGGACGAGGCGGCCGCGAGUGAGAAGCCGGCGGGCGGCGAGCCCUUCCUCAAGGUGCGCAACCUGUUGCCGUACAUGAAGAAGCUGCCAAACAAGCGUGUCGUGAAGCUGGAGCGACUGGCCGGCGACCCGCUCCGGUUUUCCCUGGCAUACAACGCCUCCACACAUCAUGGCCUUCCGCCGGGAGUCCGAUCACCCGAGCUGGCGGAGUUUGAGGCCACCGGCGUUGAGGAAGUCAUCCAGCGGUACAAUACCAGCGGCCUGGUGUCGUUGCGGUUCGAGGCGGACUACAGCGGCCUGUUUCGCCUGGACAAGGUGGAGGCAGUGGUGGAGUACGAGGUGAUGGAAGAGAAGAUAAUUGAGGUUCCAGUCAACGAGACAAUCGAUACGAACGUCACCGCCACCGCUGCCAGUGGAGAGCAGGGGGCGGCGGCGAACCCCGGCAGCAGCAAGGGCGAUGCUGGCGCUACAGGGUCGGAUUCCGAGGCAGAAAAGGUUGCGAGGGGGGCCAAGGAGAGCCCCAAGAGUGAGGCGGACUCGGACACGGACGAUAACGGAGAGGGUGAGGCCGAGGAGGAAAACGACGGGAGCAAUGGCAGCGGCACCAGGCCCGAGGAGGGCGAGGCGGGCAGUGAGAGCGAAGCGAGCGAGGCUGGAAGUAAGAAAGGAGCGGAAAGCGGCGGCGGUGCGGCGAAGGAAGAUGCCGCCGGUCAAGAGCACCGUGUGGCACGUGGCAUGGGAGUCCCCGCGAACACCACUGGUGCUGGUAGCAACGGCACCUCUAAGCCCGCCACCACCAUCAAGCGGAUCCAGGUCCCCAAGGUCAAGGUGGCAAAGGUGCCUCUCAAGGUUGGCGGGAAGGGCUGGCUGUCUCCGCCGCUGUCAGACAGCGACCUGAGCGAGGCUAAGCAGGUCCUGUCCAAGUUUGUGGCUGCCGAGGCUCGCAAGCGUGAGGUGGCUAAGGCACGGAACGAUCUGGAGAGCUACAUCAUUGCUAUGAAAGAGGCACUGGAGACCGACGAGCUUAUGCAGAAGGUGAGCACGGAAGAGCAGCGAGAGUCUUUCCGGAGCCGGUUGACCGACGAGGAGGACUGGCUGUACAUGGAGGCGGACGAGAAUGAGGGCGCACAGCAGUUCAAGGACCGGCUGAAGCAGCUCAAAGACAUCGGGGAACCCAUCAAGCGCCGUGCGGAGGACCUGGAGUUGCGUCCUAAGGUGGUGGAAGAAAUCCGCAAGCGCCUGGAGCUGCAGCGUUCCGUCGUCAAGGCCUGGCCGGACACUAAGCCCUGGAUUUCGGAGGUGGAAAGGGAGGACAUCACUAAGCUGGUGUCCGAUAUGGAGUCGGACCUGGAAGCUAAGGUGGCGGCCCAGUCCGCGAAGGCUGACCACGAGGAACCAGCCUUCGCCGUCUCGGAUCUGCUACAGGCUUGGGAGCGGCACGAAAAGGCCUUCAACAAGGUCAACAACAAGAAGAAGCCAAAGCCGCCGCCGGAGCCCAAGCCCGCUUCCGGUUCCGAAAACGCCGACGCCGCGGGAGGUGCAGGAGCCGGAGAGGGUGCUACGGGAGACGCACCCGGCGACGCUAAGGCAGAGCCUGAGCAGAAGCGCGCGGGCGGCCAGGGAUCUGAGGAGGGCACCGCGGGCGCUGCUGGCGGUGCGGAAGACCAAGAAGCAACGAAGCGGGAGGCGAAGAAGGCUGGCAAGGCGGAGGGAGAGACGAAGGAGGCGAAGAAGGCUGGCAAGGCAGACGGGGACACGAAGGAGGCGAAGAAGGACGGCAAGACCAAGAAGGAGCAGCCAAAGAAGAACAGCAAGGGGAAAAAAGAACCAAAGAAGGACAGCAAAGCAACGGAAGACACGAAGAAGGAAAGCAAGGCAAAGCCUGACACAAGGAAGGAGUCGAGCACGAAAGGGAGCGAGAAAAAGGAUCAAAAGAAGAGUUGGUCUUGGAAUAAGAGAGGGGAGGAACUCUGAUCAGCGAAACCCCCAUUGGCAGCUGAAUCAGAAGGACGGAAUUCGCAUGUAAAGGAACGCAACGAACGGGCUUUCUAUGCAUCAUUUGGCACCAAUAAUUAAUUGGUAAUCCAUGCCGCCAAAUAGUUUUAGGGCACAUGAUGUUUGCGAACAGGGGUGCGUGCAGGGGUAGGGAGGAAUGCUGUGUCAAGGAAUGGCAUCUAGUGUAAUGUGUCAUGGUGGCUAAAAGGACAUGUCGGAUGUUUCGGGAUUGAUUCUUGAACUCAGAGCUGACCUGAACUUUUUCGGACAAUUCUUGACAAUCAUGUAACCAAUAUACUUC